GUACGGGCGAGCAGAAGCGUGCCGGUGGCGCCCCGUGGCGGUCGGCGGUCGCCAGUCUUGACAGUAUUAUUGUCAACAAAACGGGAGCGUUGUGUGCUCGGACAGCCAGCGCACCAGCAUUCACGCCGCCGACGAAACGCGGGCAGCACGUGGCGAGCUAAUAUUAUCGCGAACAGACUGCGCGCGCCGUUCCAGUAUCAACACACAAGCCUAUUCGCGCGCAUGUCCGAUUCCAACAAACAACCAUAAAUGUUUAUUUCAAAAUUCCGAGUGAACACCAGCAAUGAGCAUCAGCCGCAAAUGGAGGGAAUAUGUGGCAGCACUCAGUGCUACUUUGAUCACGGCGGCGGCGGGCACGACAGUGGGUUGGACGUCGCCGACGCUCCCCAUCUUGAUGGCGCACGACUCGCCCAUCGAGACCACCGCCGACCAGAGCUCGUGGAUCGCCUCGCUAAUGAUCCUGUGUUCAGCCGCCAGUCCAAUACCCGCGUCAUACCUGGCAGACAGAAUAGGCACGAAGAAAACCCUGCUGCUGGCGGCGGUCCCAUACAUCAUCGGCUGGGUGCUGGUCAUGUUCGCGGGCAACAUCCCAACGAUAUACGCCUCGCGGCUCGUCUCCGGCCUGGGCUAUGGUAUCGCAUAUACCGCCGCUCCUAUGUACUUGGGGGAAAUAGCCUCCGAUGAAGUAAGAGGCGCUAUGGCGACGCUCAUCACUGUUAUGUCUAAGUUCGGAAUCCUGUCACAGUACGCGAUCGGGCCAUACGUUUCGAUGCUGGGACUGGCGAGCUUCAACAUUGCAAUACCAAUCCUGUUCGUGGUCACCUUCAGCACCAUGCCGGAAUCCCCGUACUACUUCCUAAAGCAAGGGCAGCCGGAGCAGGCCGAGAGGUCGCUCAAGAAGCUGCGAGGGCCACGCUACAUGAGAGGGGAAUUGGACAGCAUGACACAUCUGGUGAAUGAAAACAUGAAAGAGAAAAGUCGGUGGAAAGAUUUGUUGAUAGUUGGCGGAAACAGAAAAGGGCUAAUAAUUCUAUACGGCAUUUACUUCACACAACAGUUCUGCGGCAGUACCGCGAUUAUUGCCUACGCCCAGCAAAUCUUUGGUGCCGCAGACGGUGGCUUGGGGGACAAAGAGUCGUGUAUCAUAUUUGGGACAGUGCAGUUGCUAACAUCUGCAAUUUCCUCGCAGCUAGUCGAUAGGUUAGGAAGAAAGCCACUCCUCCUUAUUUCGUCAUGCGGUGUUGGCUUGACUAAUAUUAUUGUAGGGGCGUAUUUCUUCAUUAAGCAUGAAAACAGCGACUAUGUCGUUAAUUUAAAAUUCAUUCCUAUUAUUGUGAUACCAAUAUUUAUAUUUUCAUAUACCAUAGGUUUAGCUACAGUGCCUUUCGCUAUAACAUCUGAAAUAUUUCCUACAAACAUUAAGUCGAAGGCUACGUGUGCUAUACAGAUGUUUGUGGCGUUGAUGACGUUUGCUGUCACCAAGCUGUAUCAAGUGAUUGCGGACAACUACGGCAACCAUGUAGCAUUUUGGGGUUUUGGGGCAUUAUCAGUGGCCGGAGUUGUAUUUAUUUUGGUGCUCCUUCCUGAAACUAAAGGCCAGUCUUUUGCAGCCAUUCAAGAAAAGCUUUAUACUAGUGAUAAAGUUGUUUAUGAAAAACGAGACGACCAUGUUGACAGAGUAAGACUUAAUAUUUAAUUAAAGUCAAUCCGUGUCUACUUUUUGUAUCUAAUUGUAAGGUAAAUUGAUCAAAUUUAUA